CAGCGAUUAAAAGCCUCUAUACGCUGCACAUUCCCCGAACCCCAAUCACCCGACCCUCUUCUGUCUCUCCCAUGUCUGGAUUUGUCCUUGGUACCGGAUCAGGUGUGCUUGCUGCCGCCGCGGUCUACUACACUCUGUCUACUCACUUGACAGCCACCACCGCAUCCCUCAGAUCAGAUCUUAAUAACUCCUCCGCCCUCUUGAACCAUUCCUUUGACCCUGUUACACCUCCUGCCCAAGCCGCCCUCAUCGGACCUUCAUCUUCCUCGCCUGCCCCACCUCCCUUCUCCCAAGUCCUCCGCCAGCGUUGGAACGACACCCUUACAUCCUUCGUCGGCAGUGCGCGUCAGACAGACUGGCAGGUCAUCGGCCAAGAGGUCGUGGAGGCUGGCCGGGGCGUCGUGGAGAAGUUUAGUGAGAGCGGUACGGCCGAGAAGGCGGAGAAGAAGGUGGAUAGUAUCGUGGAUGCUGUCAGAGAGAAGGUCGGGGAUGUUUUGAGCCCCGCUCCCAAUGCUCAGGAGAAGGCGCUGGUCCUCAAGAAGCCUCUUGAAGGGAUUGACCUGCAUAAAGACAAGGUCGGGACUGUGGGUGGUGUCCAAGAAGAGUUGAAGAGAAAGGUCGCCGAGGCCAAGGGGCGAAUGGUCUAGACAAAAGAGAUGCUGCAAGAUGCAUCUUUUUGAGCUGGGACUAUCGGGAAAGGGCUGGUGUUUGAAUUUGACUGACGCCUUCGUAUAUCCACUGCGGGUCGAGUAACGGCUCAGUAUAGGCUGACUUUGCAUAAUUCCAGAUAGAUCUAGAUCGUUAAAACAAUUCAAUACAUGUCGGUCACUGCCAUUAUACCCCAUUCUUCUUUCGCAAAUCAUAUCACUCCUCCGGUCUCAUUUGGCCUUCGACUCAUCGGCUUCUGCCCCCCAUCUCUGGCUCUUGUUGAUCCCGCCGUCUUGCCUUUGAAAGGUGGUAUGGUUGAUAUAGGUCCCAUCCUCGAUCCUUUCGGACCACUACUGAGGCGCUCUCGAGCAUUCAUAUUGUUCUCCAAUCGAGCAGAGUUGAGUGUACUUUUGUCCGACGAGGGCGAAAGCAUAUCCACGGGUACCGGUUUCAUCGACGGAUCCGGAGGAGACUCGUCAGACUUGUCGGACAAGAACGGCAGAGAGGAAGUCUCUGCAGACUCUGGUCUAUUCGAGGAUUGGUAGUAUGAUGGUAUGUAAUUGCUGUGCUCGACUGAUUUUCGAAUGUUGAGUGGUGCUGUCAUAUUUGCAGGGUUGCUCGCGGGGAGGGAAGACGGCAAAGCAUGCGCCUGGACAGGAGGAGCUUGCGAAGGUACGGGGGUAUACGACUCUGAUCUCAACAGACGUGUUGGAGGGCGAUCGCGUCGAGGCGCAGAUGUUUGUCCGCGCAGUGCAGGCAUUGGUGGUACGUCAAGCGUAUUCGGCUGUUGUUUGGAGAAAGACAUGGUCGA